AUGGACAGCUCUUCCAUCUACUUUGAGAGGCGAGACAAGCUUGAUGAUUUCGCCGAGCAGAGCCCAGGAGUAUCACCAAUUCUUGAUCGGUUCAUACCCCGUGCAGCAAUGGAAGAUUCAGCUUAUUUCACAACCCCCAAUGGCGCCUAUUCCACGUUACAAGGCGACGCCUACACACUAGCGCCGCGUGGAAGCGUAGACCACCGCGACCCAACCACCAGUUUCGGCCUUGAUUUUUUGCCGACGGCGGACGCCAUGCCACGAGCAUACCCUGCAGGAACACUAGAUCCGGCCGUGACGACUAACACCACGAGCCCCGGAGACCCCACCUUCUGCGACAUUGAUCCAUCCAGAGCGUUGUACAACGACCGAGACAGCUCUGAGGAAUGUCUCGGAGGUGGAAUGCACGGACAGACGGCCAUCGCCUUUGAUAGCUCCUACAGCUUCCUCCCUUCUCCUCCGGAUGCGGAGGAGGGCGCAGAAGGCACUACCUCAACGACGCCUGCUAUCUCUCCCAGACAAAUUACUGAACCCACCUUUGCAGAUGUUGAAUCCGGUGCUCGGAGUAAUAGCGCCGCGAAUGCCAACAAACAGAGGGUCGAACGGAAGAAGAGAAGGCGACACUCCACUCCGGUUCUCCCUACCAAGGAUAAACAAGCACCAGGCGGGCCCGGGGAUGAGAAGCGCCGUUCCACGACGCAGCUACGCACGGCAUCUAGGGCCCCUAAGCGCUACAGCCAGUCUACGGCGCGCAAGCCCGCCGAGACGCCCGAAGAGGUCAAGGCGAGAGCCGCACACAACCAAGUCGAGCAGCAAUAUCGCAAGAGGCUCAAUGCUCAGUUCGAGAGGCUCCUGGCAGUGCUCCCGCAACCGGACUAUGAUGAGGAAGGGAUGGACGAAGAAGGUGGUGAAGGAGGCGGGAGCCGAAUGGGAAUGGAGAAGAGAAUCAGCAAAGCCGAAGUCUUGGACCUCGCAAGACGACGCAUCAAGUUGCUUGAGCGGGAGAGGGCGACGUUGGAGAGGCAGAAGGACGAGCUUCUCGGCAGCGUCGGCAGAAUGCAGGAGGAGUGGACCAGGAGACUUGGAGGUCCUAUGCCAACGGCCGUCAAGGUUGAGAGGUGA